CUAUGGAAGGUACUUGCAACAUAAUAUUUUGUUAAGGAUCUUAUGUAUAAUUCAACGAACUUGGGUAGCCGAACUUCGGAAAACAUUAUUCAUUUGUUAAAUAUAUAAACUAUACGACAAUAUUAGCAGUAAUGGUAAUGUAGCUAUGGUGUAGAAGGACGGCGAGUAUUGGCGCAGGGAUCUCGUUUUGAAAUACACGUAUAAAGUCUAAACUACACUAUGAAUGUUAUCCAGGAUUAUACAGGAGAAACCUAUAACGAACUAUACCUCUUACCCAAGACUUUGUCCUUCUAAUUUAACCCGUUGAUUUAGCAUGUAUCUUCAACAAAAGCAGAUAAAACAUUGGAUAACAAAAAAACUGAAAAAUUGUUUACCUUCAGAAACACCGACAAUGGUUCUGCUAUUAAUAAUGAUUGUAAUACUGAAUCAAGUGAUAAUGGAACAAUGGAAAUGGACUGCGGUGGAUGUGGUGAAAAUGUACACGAGCGUACAGUAAUAUGCGUAGGAGGACGUACGUGGCACUCAAAGUGUCUCAAAUGCUGUGCUUGCUCCAAACCGCUUCAUGAUCAACACUCCUGUUUUUUACGAAAUACACAAAUAUAUUGCAGACAGGACUACGUAAUAAACUUUGGUGCUAGAUGCGCGAAGUGUAGUCGCAGUAUUGGCUCAGGAGAUUGGGUCAGACGUGCAAGAGAUCGAGUUUAUCAUUUGGCUUGUUUUGCUUGCGAUGCUUGUUCUCGUCAACUUUCAACAGGAGAACAAUUUGCUUUAAUUGACGCGAAAUUAUUAUGUAAAGCUCAUUAUUUAGACGCUGUCGAAGGAAAUAAUACUUCAUCAUCAGAGGAUUGUGAUUCUGAACAUAGCUGCAAAGGAAACAAAACUAAGCGCGUGCGAACAACUUUUACUGAAGAGCAGUUAUCAGUCCUACAAGCUAAUUUUCAAUUAGAUAGUAAUCCAGAUGGGCAAGACUUAGAGCGUAUAGCUCAUGUUACAGGACUUAGUAAAAGAGUCACUCAAGUUUGGUUUCAGAAUUCUAGAGCUCGGCAAAAAAAGCAUAGUGGAAAAAUAAAAGCUCAAAGUGACUGGUGAAAAUUGUUAUUACCAAAAUGAUAUAUUUAUGUAUAUAUGUAUAUUAUUAAUUUAAAAGGUUUUUGCUGUAUAUUCAAUAAUUUACAUUAAUUAAAUAAAUUUUUACAAGAAAUA